AUGGGCUGCGGACACAGCAGGCUGAGCUGCUGCAAACCCCCCAAAAAGAGACGCCGGGAACCAGAUCAGCCACCCAGACCAGAGCCCCAGGAACUAGGUCCCCUCAAUGGGGACACAGCCACGACUGUCCAGCUCUGUGCAUCUGAGGAGGCUGAGCAGCACCAGAAGGAAAUUGCCAGCCUUCUCCAGCAGCACGAAGAGGACAAGAAGAAAUGGGCACAGCAGGUGGAGAAGGAGAGGGAGCUAGAGCUUCAAGAGAAACUGGAGGAGCAGAGGAGAGUCCUGGAAGGCGAGCAUGAGGCAGCCUUGCAAGUCCUCCGGGCCUCACAGGAGCAAGAGAAGGAAGCCCUUACCCACUCCUUCCAGGAGGCCAAGGUGGCCCUGCAGGAGACCAUCGAUGGACUGAGCUCCCAGCUGGAGGCCUUCCAGGCCAAGAUGAAGAGGGUAGAGGAGUCCAUCCUGAGCCGAGACUAUAAGAAGCACAUCCAGGAUUACGGGAGCCCCAGUCAGUUCUGGGAGCAGGAGCUGGAGAGCUUGCACUUUGUCAUUGAGAUGAAGAAUGAGCGUAUUCAUGAGCUAGACAAGCGGCUGAUCCUCAUGGAAACAGUGAAAGAAAAGAACCUGAUGCUGGAGGAGAAGAUCACCACCCUCCAGCAGGAGAACGAGGACCUCCACGUCCGAGCCCGCAACCAGGCGGUGGCGUCCAGGCAGCUCUCGGAGGACCUGCUGCUCGCCCACGAGGCCCUGGAGAAGGAGUCGCAGCUGAGGCGGCAGCUGCAGCAGGAGAAGGAGGAGCUGCUGUACCGGGUCCUUGGGGCUGACGCCUCCCCCGCCUUCCCCCUGCCCUCCGUCACGCCCACGGAGGUCUCCUUCCUGGCCACAUAG